ACAGACAGGAAGAAAUGGGGGCACGAAACAUAAAAGGACAUUUAGCCUUAAAAAAGUGGUUUUUCAUCGUUAUAGUCCUCGUUCUUACUACUACCCUUGGAAAUGCAAGUCGCUUGGUACCUAAUAAGCCUAAUGCGAGUAUAAAAUUUCGGGAUAUCGAGAGAUCAAGAGCUCAAAAUGAUGAAUUUUUUAGUUCAUCAUUGUGCAACAGCACCAACGAGACGUGUUCACUGAACAUAAAACAAUCAGACAUUGAUGAUUUCCUGGCACUUAUACUCGACAAAGAAGCUCUUGCAGUCUUCAUGUAUGUCACUCUUACCAACGAUACCGAAGAUGUAGAUGAUGGAAAAGGAGAAGGGAAUGGAAAAGUCUUUCCAUUGUCGCUACAGAAGAAAGAAAAGUGGGCAUGGUUACGAAACAGAAAGGCGAAGUUUCUUGCAACUUUGCCAUACGACUUCGAUAUUCUUUCCCUUACUACGCUAACUAAAGAUGUCUAUGAUCUAACGUUGAAAGUAAACUCCACGCCUUCGGAUUGCUACUUGAAGCUAAGCUCAAACUGUUUACAAGAUGAGAUCGCGAAGAUGAUUUUGAACAAUAUUAUGGCUGACAUUAAAAUGGGCACUGUUUGUCAGAAAGUUGGCGGGCUGUCUAGUGUAGUUGAAGAUCAUGGGUAUAAUUGCUGUCAUCAAAUCAGAAAUGGCAGUGUCAUUUGUAAUGCUCCAAUCAAAGAUAAUAAGUGGGUGAAAUAUGCACUUACAUUCUUGUGGGCCAUUUCAUUUUCAUUUGGUCUGCUUUCACCUUUGCUUUUGAAUUACCUGCCGAAGGAGUUCAAGAAAGGGGGUAGACUUAAAAGAUCAAGUUGUCGGGGUAUGAAGAAGUCUGAUUCUUGCUCGUCCUAUGAGGGGUUUGAAGCAGCAGUGCUGAACAAUGGUCGUCAAGUCAUGAUUUCUAAAGACAGUGGUCUACUUGAUAUAGUAAGGACCAGGACAGAAUCAACAACUUGUUCCAGAAUCAGUCGCUGUUUGUUUGUUAUUCUUUUGAGUCUACUUCCUAUUCUUCAGACAUUAUUAUAUCAAUUCCUAAAGAAGUCAGAAGUUGGGAUUUCAAACCAACUUUUAGGAGUUGGAAGUGCUUUUUUGACUCUCCUAGCUCCGACGGGGAAAUAUGUCGUGAUGGCAGUCUAUUGCUUCUGUAUUUUACUGGUGGCAAUUUCCAUGGCAAUCCCAAAAACUCUUUCAGACCUUGCAAGACGACUGUCAGGAAGGAAAGAUGAGCAAAGCUUUCUUGGUUUCAAGAAACCACCUGAGCUCAUCUGCCACUCAGACAAGCGUGGAUUCCAGCUCAUGUAUGAGAACAUGGUAUUCCAUCUGAAUUGUCUGAUGAUGUACUCAUUUUGGAAGUUUGUGUUUUCAGUCAUGAUUUAUCCUCUUGGAUGGUCAAAGACAGUGGUCAGUGAGAGCAAUCUUGAUGAAGAACCAGAAGACCACCAUGAAGAACUCAUUGAAGAAAAUAAAUCUGGAACAUGUAGUAAAUUACUUCGCACAAUUUUACUAUUGCUCGUUUUUCCAGUUUGGGUAGUUCUAAUCAUUAGUGCCUUCUUUCUUUACUUGUUGCCGGUUACCUAUGUUGCAUUCCGUAUAUGGAAGAUGCUUUUCAAAUUGGAACCUAACUGUACAUGCUGCCAAUCUAUCCCUGUCUCUGUAAGACUAAUUUCACUGCCAGCACUUUAUAUACUGUUUAUAGUGUUUUGUAUCUGCGUGGAAGCAUCUUAUUUCAUGCUGAUUUUAGAAAUUAGCAUCAACAUUGUAUUCCUCGGCAGCGUAAUCGGCUUCACUACCAUGGGGGUGAUAUUCUACAUUGAUGCAUAUAUUUCCUAUGUUGUGGUUAUUGCCCUUGCUUUGUACUACAUUGCAAAGGCAAUUCAGAGAUUCCAUUUCAAACUCAAAAGACUCAAGGGUAUCAUUUUCAAAGAGUGUGAAGCCCAUGAUAAUGAGCUCAGAGCAGAAGCAAGCAUCAGAGAAACAUUCAGUGGUCAAACCGGCAUGUCAGAAAGGACCUCUUCAACAAGCUCCCUUCAAAAAUCAACCAAAUCCGUGGUCAUUCUUGUCUUCUAUGAUGAGCAAAACAUCCCAAACAUAUCUCUGAAGCUUUUCCUUAUGGUUUUAAAUGAGCUACUUCCAUUUAAAAGAGUUUUGCUUGCCAAGAUCCUGAGUUUAUUAGUGAUUUUUAUUUACUUGAUGUUAGUUUUUUUCUUUGUGAUGUCAUUGGUUGAGUUCCAAGCUGCAAAUUCUGUAGUACAGGCACUGGCUCUCUUACUUCUUGGAUUAAUACCUGCAGUAUUCAAGGGUAAUCCAAGUGAAUUUAAAGAGAAAGAGGAAAAAGGGAUGACUUAUCAAGUUCAAGAACAAAUAAAGAAAUACCGCAAGAGGUUUUUAUAGGCAUAAACACUGACAUUUUACUCUUCCAAAGCAAGUUUAGGAUCUCCUGGAUGGCCAUUGUGAAGCGUAAAGAAGGAUUGAUGGGAUUUCUUUGGUGGUCGAGUGGAGCAAAAUUAACAUCCUUUAACAUCCCAUGAUGUUGCUUAAAUGUUUAAUGGUCCAAUACACAGAUUAAAGGUCACCUUGUUGAAGAGACAUUUGUUUUUAUGAGCUAUGACACAAACCUACAAGUCAGAUCUAGAACAGUUUAGACUUCAUGUAUAGACCCUUUGCAUCUGACAUCAAAGCAGCUCAAUUUGGAGGACAAAACAAAGGAAUUUCCAUCUCCUGAGAAUUGGACACCUAUUGUUAUGUUGAGCUGCAUUCCAACAUACUGCAAGGAGUCUAUUGCUGUUUUGAAUAUGUUUAAGCCUUGGCCGGCUGGGCAAUUGGAUCUAACCUGCAACACACAGGCAUUGGUAAAUGGUCAACCAACAACUUCCUGACACCUUACCAUUACAUUAUCAACCACUUUCCAACACUUUACCGUAUGAUACAGGUUGGUCAGGAUAGCCACCUAGCUGCAUAUUAGGAAGAUAAGCAUAAUUAGAUAUACUGAGACUCAGUGCACUUCUGUAGUACACUAAAUGCUACUUAAAAGCAUCACACAACAAAGUCUGCAAGUGCAAAUAAAGCCUUGAAUUUUGGUUUAGGCAUUUCCUAAACUCUUUCAAAAAGAAAAGAAGUAGCUACAAGUCUGUGAAAACUUAUUGAUUUAUGUUUUUAUGCGUAUUGAAAAUACAAAUUAUUAUAUUAAUAUUAUUACAUAUUGUUUUUUUUCACAAGAUAUAACAAUAUCUGCUCUCUGAAUCUGUAUAUAAAAUUAAUGGACCAAUGAUGUCCGGUUAAACAAAAGAUGAACAUCUUUUUCACUAGGUACUGUAUGACAGGAAUCCAAGAUGUGUGACCAGCUAAUAUUAUUUGGCUGCAUUACUCUGUAUUAGUUUGGAUUAUUACCAAUUUAGAUGUACAAAUAAUAUAAAUAUUGUUUUUAUAGAAAGAAAGAAAACAUAUUCCUGCUAGGAUCAUUGUAAAUGUUAGUAAUAGUGUUUUGGUUCACAGUGGCCAAGUACUAGGAUUGACAAGCAUUGACCAGACAUAAAGUAUAAUCAUUAGAGCAGCAUUCAUUAACCAGUGAAACCAAGUGUACUAAUUAAGGUGUAGUAGUCGGAUGAACAAUAGAAAACAGUGCUAGAGUACAAACACUAUAAGUGUGUAACAUAAAUACCACUAAAUACUGCUAAAUUAUGCUAAUCCUAUUGUUUUCUAUUGUUUAAUUAGCACUAUUUACUACUAAAUAGUGCAAAGUGUUGCACACUUUUAGUGUUUGUACUCUACUAGUACUAAAUAGUAAUAGUACUAAACAUGCUAAAGUGUAUGUUUUGGGUUAUUGCAAACUACUCCACUACCAUUAAUGUGCAAUAUGAAAAUUACAGCCAUAUAGUGUGGACUAAAGUUUGUGACAUUAUGACCAUUAGAGUUAACAAAAAAAUUGAUUGCAAAAUAUCAGAUAUUGUAUAAUUAUGAUAUUAAUUAAUAGUAAUAUAAUAAAGUAAAA